GUGUGUUGCACACGGAAGCAGUCGGCGGGCUGGCGGCCGCUGCCACCGUGUUGUAUGCACUACGGUCUCACGGUUUCUUUCGCUUUAUCAGUUUCGUUCGUUUUCGGUAAUUCGACAUUAGGCGUACUUGAAAUUUCGAAUGAAUUUGCUAUCGACUUGUACCGUAUGAUAUCGCGGCUCGCCUAGGAACGCUGCGUGUCGCCCCAAUAACGCAGCUAUGGAUGUCCUGAACUGCGAUCUUCUUUGGAUCGGCGGAUCCUGCUACCGCAAACUGACGCCGAUCAACCGAUUCUCGCUGUCGGAAAGCGUGGACGUUGCGGACAAGUGCGACGAACGUAUUUACGAUGUUGGUGCCAGCGGUGUAAGUUCCUAUGAUGACGAGCCUACUUGCUUGACACCAAAGCCGAAAUCUCUGCCAGUGUCGAACGAUGACAGCUCGGCCGGAGGGCCGAAAGGAUUCUUUCGUCUAACGCACUAUGUGCCACAGAAAUUCAUUCCGCGGCUCUGUGGAAAGAAGCAUGCCGUCAGGAUUCAAAUGGAACAUGAUACCAACACCUCAAUUAAGGUCCCCAGUCCAGAUUCGUGUGAGGAUGUCAUUAUCACCGGUCAGAGGGAGGAGGAUGUGGAGUCUGCCCUUCUGCGGAUAUCGGCCACCGUGUGCGGUAUGCGGCAGCACGAGCACUACACGCACUUCGUGUGCUUUCCCCUGAACAACCCGAAGCUUUGCAGCAUGACGGAAGAGUUUAGGGAGAUUGUCACCAAGUCGUGCACGGGUCGAGGCCUGGACGCGAGCCUGUUUGUGGCCAAGCAGAAGCUGCACCUCACCAUUGGCAUGCUGGUGCUGCUUGAUCCCAAGGAGUGCAACAUGGCACAGAAGGUGCUGGAAGGUUGCAAGGACCUGGUCACGACCAUCCUGAAGGAUGAACCACUGGUGGUGCGUGUGCAUGGCCUGGAGAUUAUGAACGACGAUGAAAGUGAGGUGGAUGUGCUCUAUGCCAAGGUGUCUUCGUGCAACAAGGAGGGAACCUCACGGUCUCCCGAGAAGUGCAGGCUGCAGCUGCUUGCUGACGCAGUGGCCCAGCGCUUCUUGGAGUCCGGGUUCAUGCUGCGCCAGCAGGAGCGGGGCCGUGGACCCGAGCACGUCAAGCUGCACAUGACCAUCAUGAACACCCGGCUCCGCGAGCAGCGCUUUGCCACUGAGAACACGACCCUGCCGCCUGCGCGGAAGCCUCGCAACUCCUUCGAUGCCACCGCCAUCAUGAAGCGCAACCGUGACUUCAACUUUGGGCGGAUUCAUGUUCCCAGCAUCAACAUAGUUCAUCCACACAACUGUGAUGGCGAUGGCUUUUACAAGAGAAUAGCCACGCUUUACUUGCCAAAAUAGCAGCAGUAACAUCUUGAGCCAUGGAAUCCUGCAAUUACUUCUUCCUGAAUUGUACAAAUAGCUGUUUCUAAUGAUGAUUGCGUAUUUAGGAAAUAUGCCAUUUCUGUGAUCUACAGUGCAGUUAUUCUUUGCUUAAUAAAGAAUGAAAUAAGGCCUUGUAGUGUUUUUA